UUCGAUGAAACGUUGACUGUUUUACCGUGUCCACCACAUCCUACCGUACCAACUGAAUCUUUAACAGUUUACAUUUCUAUUAUAUAUGUACAUAUAUUGGAAACAAAUAUUAUCAUAAAUAAAUUAUGCGAUCGCAAAUAGAAUCCGGAGCUGAAUUGCUCACAAGAUUAAAUAAUAAAUCAAGUUUAUGCGAACUCGAAGAUACGUUGUUCUUUGAAGGUAUUCGAAGUACGGAUGUCAUAGAAAUUACUGGAGAACAAUCAACUGGAAAAACUCAUCUUCUAUCUCGAAUUCUCGCGAAAUGUAUUCUACCAAACUAUUUUCAAAUCGAAGGGUGCAACGCUUCCGCUAUUUUGAUAAAUACGGAUCAUCAUUUUCAAGUUUCAAAAUUGGGCGAGACAAUGAGUAAUAUAAUAGACACAACAGGUGAAAGAAAUGUUGAUAAGACAACUGUUAUUCAAAAUUCUCUACACAACUUGCAAAUCAUCAAUUGUUACAAUAGUGAGCAAUUUUCUUUAACAUUACACACAUUAGAGGAUACAUUUCUUAAUAAUCCUGGAACUGCUCUUGUAGCUAUUGACAGUAUAACAGCAUAUUAUUGGCAGGAUCGUGAAAUGAAUGCUAUGACAAUGGAUUCUUAUGUAAAGAAAUUAUUAAAACCUGUUAGAGUGCCUGCAACUCGAUUUAACAUUGUUACUAUAUACACCAGACCUUGUGAAAAUAUGCGUUAUACAGAAAAAAAAUUUGCAACAAAUAUGUCUGGAAAUAACAUUGCUUAUAGAAUACAUUUAUGCAAAACACCUAAUCCACAAAAAUUUAUGUGUACAUUGGAAACAGUACAGACCAUUAAAAGAAUAUAUUAUUCUGUCCUAUCUUAUGGUAUAAAAUGGAAGAAUGGAUAA